AUGGCUCCACCCCACCCCCACCUGUUCUCCUUUGUGGACUUUGAGCAGUGUGAGAUACAUCAGAUUACCCAUACUGGAGAAAAGCCACAUCAGUGUUCGCUGUGUGGAAAGGCCUUUACACAAAAGAGUAAUCUCAAAAUACAUCAGAUUACCCAUACUGGAGAAAAGCCACAUCAGUGUUCGCUGUGUGGAAAGGCCUUUACACAAAAGAGUAAUCUCAAGAUACAUCAGAUUACCCAUACUGGAGAAAAGCCACAUCAGUGUUCGCUGUGUGGAAAGGCUUUUACACAAAAGAGUAAUCUCAAGCUACAUCAGAUUACCCAUACUGGAGAAAAGCCACAUCAGUGUUCGCUGUGUGGAAAGGCUUUUACAGAUACAAAAACUCUUAAGAAUCAUCAGAUGAUCCAUUCUGGAGAAAAGCCACAUCAGUGUCUGCAGUGUGGAAAGACCUUUAUAUGGAAGGGUGAUCUCAAGGUACAUCAGAGGAUCCAUACUGGAGAAAAGCCAUAUCCAUGUUCUGAGUGUGGAAGGACCUUUGCAUUGAAGUGUCAUCUCAAGGUACAUCAGCAGACCCAUACUGGAGAAAAGCCACAUCAGUGUUCGCAGUGUGGAAAGGCCUUUGCAUUGAAGGAUAAACUCAAGCAACAUCAGAUGACUCAUACUGGAGAAAAGCCACAUCAGUGUUCUCAGUGUGGAAAGGCCUUUGCAUUGAAGGAUAAACUCAAGGUACAUCAGCAGACCCAUACUGGAGAAAAGCCACAUCAGUGUUCGCAGUGUGGAAAGGCCUUUCACACACAUAACAAUCUUAAAUUACAUCAGAGGAUCCAUACUGGAGAAAAGCCACAUCAAUGUUUGCAGUGUGGAAAGGCCUUUACACAAAAGAGUCAUCUCAAUCUACAUCAGAUUACCCAUACUGGAGAAAAGCCACAUCAGUGUCUGCAGUGUGGAAAGGCCUUUACACAAAAGAGUCAUCUCAAGAUACAUCAGAUUACCCAUACUGGAGAAAAGCCACAUCAGUGUUCGCUGUGUGGAAAGGCCUUUACACAAAAGAGUAAUCUCAAAACACAUCAGAUUACCCAUACUGGAGAAAAGCCACAUCAGUGUUCUCUGUGUGGAAAGGCUUUUACAGAUACAAAAACUCUUAAGAAUCAUCAGAUGAUCCAUUCUGGAGAAAAGCCACAUCAGUGUCUGCAGUGUGGAAAGACCUUUACAUGGAAGGGUGAUCUCAAGGUACAUCAGAGGAUCCAUACUGGAGAAAAGCCAUAUCCAUGUUCUCAGUGUGGAAGGACCUUUAGUAACAACUCCAGCCUCAAGCUACAUCAGCAGACCCAUACUGGAGAAAAGCCACAUCAGUGUUCUCAGUGUGGAAAGGCCUUUGCAUUGAAGGAUAAACUCAAGCAACAUCAGAUGACUCAUACUGGAGAAAAGCCACAUCAGUGUUCGCAGUGUGGAAAGGCCUUUACAUUGAAGUGUCAUCUCAAGGUACAUCAGAAGAUUCAUUCUGGAGAAAAGCCACAUCAGUGUUCUCAGUGUGGAAAGGCCUUUGCAUUGAAGGGUAAUCUCAACAUACAUCAGAAGAUUCAUUCUGGAGAAAAGCCACAUCAGUGUUCUCAGUGUGGAAAGGCCUUUACACAGAAAAGUCAACUCAAGGUACAUCAGAAGAUCCAUUCUAGAGAAAAGUCAAAUUAG